CAAGUAAAUAAUUGCAAGAAGUAAAGUUGGCAAUUUACUUCUAAAAACAAUAUGUUAUGUUGGGGAGUAGAAAAAGCUGUGUUGGAUAAAUGUGACAGAAUUUCUUUUUUUCUGUGUGGUGCUUUGCAUUGUACCCACCUGGGGCAAUGCACACACUUAAUUACAGCCUGCGGUGCCAUCUUGCUUGUGUAGUUUGUGUAAUUUUAUAGGUUGUAUUUGGAAAGUCUGUUUAUCUGAGUCCGUAAACUAAUGUGUUAUUUUUAUUUCUUUCAGUAAUGUGUUCUCAUUUUGCCCAAGAGUUUUGGCCAGAGGAGAAUGUAAAAGAUUCUUCUCAAAACAUGACACUGAGAAGUUAUGAAAAAUGUGGAAAUGAGAAUUUUCAAUUAAACAGCUGCAAAAGUGCGGUUGAGUGUAAGGGUCACAAAGGAGGUUAUAAUGGACUUAAUCAGUGUUUACCAACUACCCAGAGCAAGAUGUUUCCAUGUGAUAAAUAUGUGAAAGUCUUUCAUAAAUUUUCACAUUCAGGUAGACAUAAGAUCAAACAUAUGGAAAAUAAACAUUUCAAAUGUAAAGAAUGUGGCAAAUCAUUUUGCAUGCUUUCACACCUAACUCAACAUAAAAGAAUUUAUACCAGAGUGAAUUUCUACAAUUGUGAAGAAUGUGAAAAAGCUUUUAACCAAUCUUCGAAGCUUACUACACAUAAGAGAAUUUAUACUUGUGAGAAACUCUUCAAAUGUCAAGAAUGUGACAAAGCUUUUAAACAAUUCUCAAACCUUACUGAAUAUAGAAAAAAUUAUACUCGAGAAAAAUCAUACAAAUGUGAAGAAUGUGGCAAAGCCUUUAACCAGUCCUCACACCUUACUACACAUAAGAUAAUUCAUACAGGAGAGAAACCCUACAAAUGUGAAGAAUGUGGCAAAGCCUUUAAUCAGUUCUCAAAUCUUACUACACAUAAGAAAAUUCAUACUGGAGAGCAACCCUACAUAUGUGAAGAGUGUGGCAAAGCUUUUACCCAAUCCUCGACUCUUACUACACAUAAGAGAAUUCAUACAGGAGAGAAACCCUACAAAUGUGAAGAAUGUGGCAAAGCUUUUAACCGAUCCUCAAAACUUACUGAACAUAAAAACAUUCAUACUGGAGAGCAGCCGUACAAAUGUGAGGAAUGUGGCAAAGCUUUUAACCGAUCCUCAAAUCUUACUGAACAUAAGAAAAUUCAUACUGAAGAGAAACCCUACAAAUGUAAAGAAUGUGGCAAAGCUUUUAAACACUCUUCAGCCCUUACAACACAUAAAAGAAUUCAUACUGGUGAGAAACCCUACAAAUGUGAAGAAUGUGGCAAAGCUUUUAACCGAUCCUCAAAACUUACUGAACAUAAGAAACUUCAUACUGGAAAGAAACCCUACAAAUGUGAGGAAUGUGGCAAAGCUUUUAUCCAAUCCUCAAAACUUACUGAACAUAAGAAAAUUCAUACUGGGGAGAUACCCUAUAAAUGCGAAGAAUGUGGCAAAGCUUUUAAACACUCCUCCUCCCUUACUACACAUAAGAGAAUUCAUACUGGAGAGAAACCCUACAAAUGUGAAGAAUGUGGCAAAGCUUUUAAUCGAUCCUCAAAACUUACCGAACAUAAGAUAAUUCAUACUGGGGAGAAACCCUAUAAAUGUGAGAGAUGUGACAAAGCUUUUAACCAAUCUGCGAACCUUGCUAAACAUAAAAAAAUUCAUAUUGGAGAGAAAAUCUACAAAACUGAAAGAUGUGACAAUGAUUUUGACAACACCUUAAACUUUUCUAAAUAUAAAGAAAAUCAUACUGGUGAAAAAUACUAGCAAUGUAAAGAAUGUGUCAAAGACUUUAAAUAAUUUUCACACUUGGUUGUACGUAAGAUAAUUCAUACUGGAGAAAAUUAAGUGUGAUGUAUUUGGCAAUACUGUUAAUGCCCAAAUCUUAUUGCACAGGAAAGCAUUUAUACUUGAGAAAAAUUGUACAAAUACAAAGAAUAUGGAAUAGCCAUUAAUAUCUGCUCACAUCUUACUCUAUCAGAAUGUUGGCACUUAAUAAAAGCAUUAUAAAUGCAAUUACUGUCAAAAA